CUGAUUGUCAUUUAUCUGUGACUGUCAUAUUGUCAAUUUGAAAAUACCACCUAAGCAAAUCUUUUUGAAUAUUGUAGGGUGUAAAACAGAAAUUAAUUUAUAACAGCAUGAUUUAAUUUCAAAUGACUCACGUAAUGCUUAUUUACCUUUGAGUUUAAGUGUUAUUAUUAAGGAUUUAUGUUCUUUCUUUGUGUAAAGUUAAGGCUUGUAAGAAGACAGAUUAAAAUGAGCUUAAUGCUCAACGAUUUACCGUGGGGCGUAAAAUUUCUACAGAAAGUAACAGAGCGGUGUUGUCCCAGACUUUACUUCAACAGAGAAUUAUGCUACAAAACAAGUGUUGUCUUUUUAACGUACGUUGCCUAUAUGUGUUAUCACUUAUCAAGAAAACCCAUUUCAGUAGUGAAAGCAGUGUUACAUAGAAACUGUAGUACUUUGCCAGCACCCUCCCCAGAUGCACCAAAUAAUUGGUGUGACUGGGCACCAUUCGAUGGAUCAGAUUCAAUGGCAUCCCAAAUGUUAGGAGAAUUAGAUUCGGCAUUUCUUUUUUGUUAUGCCGUAGCAAUGUUUGUAUCAGGAUUUAUAGCUGAAAGGGUUAAUUUGAGGUACUUUCUAAGUAUAGGAAUGUUGAUGUCGGGAAUUUUUAGUUACUUAUUUGGCAUUGGAAAAACAUACAAUAUUCAUAGAUUGACAUAUUAUGUUAUUAUGCAGAGUUUGGCUGGUAUUUUUCAAACGACAGGAUGGCCGGGGGUUGUAACUGUGAUGAGCAAUUGGUUUGGAAAAUCCAAAAGAGGCCUUAUUUUUGGUCUAUGGAAUUCACAUACAAGUAUUGGAAACAUAUUAGGAACUUUAAUAGCUGCUAAAUAUGUAGAAGAUGAUUGGGCCUUAUCAUUUAUUGUGCCUGGCUUAGUAAUCGGUGUUGCAGGCUUUAUUCUAUUUCUUUUUCUUGUAGUCAAUCCAGCUGAUGUUGGUUUUACUACAUCUGAAAGUCGUAUCGAGGCUGGCAAAUAUUAUAGAUCGCUUGAUAAUCAAGUUGCCAAUACUGCAUCAGAGUCGGCUUCAAGUUCAGAUGUUGACGAUAGAGAUAUAUCAAUUGGUGAACAUGUUUCUUCUAGAAAUUCUUAUAUAUCAAGCUGUUCAAGUACAGAGAUUCAGAGACGAGGAACGACAGAGAGAUCAAGAUUAUUAGGCGAUUCUUCCAAAGAAUCUCAAGAUCAAGCUAUUGGAUUUUUGGGUGCUCUGAAGAUACCAGGAGUGGUAGAAUUCUCCCUUUGCCUCUUUUUCUCAAAAUUAGUUAGCUAUACAUUUUUAUAUUGGUUACCACUUUAUGUCAACGCUUCUACUACGAUGGGUGCUACUUUAAGUGCUGAUUUAUCGACUUUAUUUGAUGUUGGAGGUAUUGCCGGAGCUGUGAUAGCAGGGGUAAUGAGUGACAAAAGUGAAAUGCCUGCAACAACAUGCGUUGCAAUGUUAUCACUAGCAGGUCCAAUGAUGUUUAUCUAUCAGAAGUUCAGCGUUGUAAGCAUAGGAUUGAACAUGAUUCUUCUGAUUAUUGUUGGCGUUCUGGUUAAUGGGCCGUACGCUUUAAUAACGACAGCUGUUUCUGCAGAAUUAGGUACUCAUCACAGUCUUGAAGGCAAUUCCAAGGCUUUGGCUACUGUUACAGCUAUUAUUGAUGGGACUGGGUCAAUAGGUGCAGCAGUGGGUCCUCUGUUAGCAGGAUUUGUCUCAAGUUAUGGUUGGCAUAAUGUAUUUUACAUGUUAAUUCUAUCUGAUAUAUUCGCAAUGAUACUGUUAGUUCGACUUGUAAAACACGAGAUUAAUUUGUGUAGAAGUCACAGAAGAGACAGAAGAAUAGAAUAAUGUCAAACUUAUGUACCUAUAGACUGUAAAUUCAAUUUUAUAUACAUUUUAAGUAUACAAAUUAAAUAAAAUAUACAAUCAUAUUGUAUGCUGAUAAUGAUUUUAUCUAACUAUUGACAAAAAAUGGAGAAGAUAUUUGAGAAAAAAAUUACUAAUGCAUUUUCAGCAUUUAAUAUAGUAUUAAUUAAAUCAACAUGUGAUAAGUCCAAAUUAUAUUACUAACACAUGUAAAUAAAAAAAACAUAUCUAUUUCUGUUUAAUA